AUGGGGAUGGAAACGUCUGGCGACGGAGAAAGGCUGUCUUCGGCGGCAUCUCGUCGUGCUCCCCUCCAGCAAGGGGCACGCCCAGACAAAUGGCCACAAUUGCCCUGCAUGAUUCCCGAUCUUGUGGUCCCCGAAACCUCGAAAAGCAUUUGGGAAUUCCGAUCGCCUGCCCUCCCAUGGGAUCCCAUCGGUCCCCCUGGGAGUGGAGAAGCACCCAAAUGUUUCGUCGACGCAAAAUUUCUUCGCAGUGCAGUGCCGGCGAAGAUAAGGGAACGGACAGCUGGCUGGAAGAGGGCACCAAGCUGCUGGGACCCUUCGACUUCACUCGAGGAGUACCCCGCUGUCGAUCUUAGCUUUUCCCCUGGGGCGUCUGGCACAUUGCCCGAACUGCCGAGCGAUUCUGGCAGCAAACAAAAGCAACGCGUUGGACGGUCGGGUAGCAAUCGUACAAAAACUGAAGCUCCAGAAACGCGCGACAACGACCCGGCACCUGUCUCGCUGCAGAGAAAGGGAGGAUUAAACCGUUUUGCCGACAGCCACAUCGGAAAUACCUCGCAAGCUCCCACCGGAGGCGGCAAGAAACUGUAUUACGCUGAUAUAGGCAAGGCGGAUUCCAAUGCAACCGGGUCUGCGACGUCAGAAAAGGCUGCGGGGAAGGCAAAUGGUGGACUUUCGGAAACGUCUCUAAAGCUACUGAUGGACGACCGCCUGUUGGCUUAUGUGGACCUGGAGGCCUUGCUUGUAGAAGGACGACGCGGUAAUCAGCCAGUGGUUGUAGACCUAGACGCCUUUCUCAGCCGCGAUGUGGGGAGCAUCGUGACACCACCAGGUGCGCCUCUAUGCGUUGCUGGGAUAGCUUCUGCAUUUAGCGUGAUCGCCGACAACGCUGUCCUCCUUCCCAAGGGCACGUUUCUCUGGGAAUUAAUCUACCCACAGUCUGAAUCUGGCUGGCCGUUGUACAACCCUCAAGGCUUGUAUUAUGUUAAACUCUUCUUACGCUCGCGGUGGUGCUUGGUGGAGAUCGACGACCUCAUACCCUGCGACCCAGCCCACAGGCCUCUAGCACCUCUGUCCUCUCAAGGCAAACACGAGCUUUGGCCGUUGCUGCUUACUAAGGCGAUCUGGAAAGCAUUCCAGGGAGAAAUCGCGCUCGGCAUGUCGGAAAUUCCGAUACUCGAGGCCCUAAGUGGAAGAAAAGAAGUCGCUUUUCCUCUGACAGCUGGAGUCAUACGGCACUUUUUGAAUAAAGGCUUUUGGGCUAGCGUCAAGAUACGACCCACAGAGGCUCAGACUUUCGAUCGGCGACACGAAACAGAAACUAGCCAGGGAUCGACUGAUAGCCAUGAAGAUGCGAGUGUCACAUUUCUGGUUUGCAAUUUGAGUCCUGAAAACUCGACAACCCAGCAAGUCUGUCUGCGGAGCGGAGCGUUCUCUUUAAAACGAGAUUAUCUUCAGCUACACAAAAGUAGUAAUGUCGUUCAACAGCGAUUUCGUGAGUCCCAACCUACAGCGAAACGGGUCGUGCCCGGUGGGCUAAGCUCGACCGACUUUUUUUUUCCGGAGGAGGAGGGAGAAUCCGAAGAGGAGUACGGCGGUUUGUUCUCUGUUGUCAGCUCGGACCAUCCAGAAAACAGAACGGAACUUAUGACUCAGAGAGCCAAGGAAGAAUCAAAGCGGAAGGCGAAGGAACUUCGAAAGGACGAUCGCGGGCGCAUCAUCAUAUGCAAGCCAUGGGGAAAGCUACUAAAACAUUUACUUGGAGACGCCUUACCGCAUCCUCUGCCUGACGCUACCUUGCACGACUUUCUUGCCGAAGAGAGCAGACCGAACACAUUGAGGCAGACAGACACCGAAGGCACAUUUAGACCGCCCAACGGAGUUGGGAGCCUCCAAGACGCCCACGCCACCAAGAUUAACAGGCAAAAUGACGUAUUUGGAGGCCCCUCUGGCAAGGUAAUCAACAGAGAAACGACACUCCCCCUCAGCUGA